GUUGCACCAGCAGCGCUUGCCGAGUAAUGGCUGCCUCCGGUAAGGCCACUCUGGUGCUGAAGUCAGUGAAGUCCAUCGCUAUCCGUUUUUGUCCCUUCGAGUCCAACGUGAGAUCUGCGAGAGAAUUCUUGGAAGCUAUAAAUUUUAAAAAGGUUCGUACGACAAACCUAAAGUGCCAGGUGACUGUAGAUGCAAGACACGAUCAGUCUGAGCCUCAAGUAGACAUUCUGUUUGAUGAUGGUGAAAGACUCUUGAUAAAGUCAGCCAAUGUGACAUCCAAGGAAAUGCUGUCUGCUUUGAAUGCUAAAUGUGUGUCCAAAGACUCCCAGGCAAAAGAAACGGGGAAAAAAUAGCAAAUCGAUAGCUUUUUUUUUUUUUUUUUUUCGCAAACCAUUAUAAUCAAGAAAA